AUGUGGCGCUCUCUGUGGCGCUCCAUCGACCGGUUCUCUCUCCAGUACUUCAAGUACGUAAUCAAUGAACUGCGGCAGAUCAAAGUUGUGGACUGGCAUAACAGGGAAUUAGUCAUUGAUUUACUACAGUCCAUAGUGGAGCUAGUUACCUAUGGUGAUAGACAAGACCCACUGAUUUUCGAAUAUUUUAUGGAGUACCAAGUUUUAGCAGAAUUUGUUCGUGUGCUAAAGAUCAGUAAAAAUUCAAGAAUUGAGGCACCGUUGCUUCAGUAUCUGAGUAUAAUGAUUCAAAACAUGAAUAGUGACCAUUCAAUUUACUAUUGUUUUAGCAAUGACUAUAUCAACAACAUUAUAGGACAUAAGUUUGAAUUUGGAGGAGAUCUGGCCUUAUAUUAUGUAUCAUUUUUGAGAGCAGUGAGCAAUAAAUUAAACAAAGACACAGUUUGCCUUCUUCUGAAGGUCUAUGGGGAUUCUGUAGUCUCGUUUCCCCUGUAUAAUGAGGCUCUCAAAUUUGCCCACCAUGGGGAAAAGAUGAUUCAGACAGCUAUCCGUGCACUAACUCUCAGUAUAUAUAAUGUUAGUGAUGAUAUGGUUUAUCAAUAUAUAACAACUCCUCCAGUCUCGAAGUAUUUUUCAGACUUGGUUUCAAGCUUAAGCAAUCAAUUUUUUCAUCUAGAUGCCCUUGUCCAUGCUACAGAGAUGCGUACAAAUCAAAAGAGAAAAGAACUACUCUUGGAAACUGAUAAGAUUGUCGAUGAUCUGUAUUACUUCAACGACAUGCUUGGAGUUGGCCAGUCUCGUUUGAGUACAGUAGUCAUUGAAAAUCUUCUCAGAAUAUUAAUCUUUCCCAUAUUACUCCCAUUACUGCAGUUAGGGCAGAGCAAUGGCUCAAAUCUAUCCGCAGUCACGUCUUUCUAUACUGUUUCUCGUCUUCUUCAAGUCAUUGGUGGAAAAGGCAUGUUCAACUCUGUCGCUGGAGUUAUUUUAUAUCCUUAUAUGACAUCAAGUGUGAGAGAUGCUAUUGAAAGGGAUUCAACUGAGAGCAUUAGUCAUGCUAAAUCUAUAUUGAGUGAAAUGGGAAAAGUAGUAUCGUCUAGUCCUGAGACUGAAGGAGCAGAAAACAGUAGCCUCCCUAGAGAUACUGCCUCUAAUAAAAGGAGUGGAAUACUAGCACAUGUUUUCUCUGACAAUCCUAGUCUAUCACUAGCAUCACUAUUCUUAUUAUUUAUUUUGGCAGAAGCAAAAGAUCUUCAUCCUUUACUAGCUCAAAUGAUUGGCUUAAAUGGAAUGCAAAAUAUGAUUGCAGUGGAUGGAAAUAUCGGAAAUCUUCUAGUGAAAUAUAUGGAUCAGAUUUUAAAUGCAUUAUUGAAGGUUUUAGCAAGUCAACCACCUUUCUCUAUACUAAUACAAUGGCAUACAGGGUGGUUCUUGCGGAAGCUAUUGAUUUUACAAGGAAAAGGGCUUGGUGAUCAUAAUUUUGAGCUACUCAAUUCCUCAUAUCAGCAAUCCCGUGAAUGCCUUCAGAAAGAACUUGAUGGAUGCUGGUUUGAUCAUAUCCCUGAGGUGUUAAGAAAUGAAUGGCCAAACUGUAAAGCAGCUCUCGAGGAAUCAUCACAAUGCAAAGAUCCUUUUUUUGUUCUAGAGCUUGAUGAUAGCCAACAAGCUACUGACGGUGAUGCAACUUCAUACUUCGCUUGGAAAAGGAUGGUUGAAACUGUGAAGGUGUUCAUUCUCCAUCUUCAGCUUAAAUCAUGUAUUUUCAAAGGAGAAUUGCUUCAAGAACCCUUGCUGAAUAUGAGCAGCGCAAUUGCUGAUUCUAGUAAAACACAUGCUUCAGACAUUGCAUCUGCAAGCUUUGGGUCAGAGGUUUCUUUAAGAUCUGGAAUUCCAUGUACAAUUGCAUUUUCCAAUGCCGGAAUCAGGGAUAUCUACCUGAUACCUAAGGCACGGGAAACUACUGGAAAAGUGCUGCUUGCAGAGAAGCAUCCUUUCCGUAGUCAACGAGGAGUAGUACUUGCUGUUGGACCAUUGGCUGGAUUGAAUCCGAAGGUAGAUGAGGACCAUCCGACAUGGUUGCAUCUUCAGAUAAGAGAGUUUGAACCAAAACUCCAUAAAAUUAAAGUUAGAGGCCAUCAAUCAUCAGGGAUGUCCAAUCAUGCGGCUGAUGGGAGAUGGACACUUGGUUUCUCAAAUUCCAAAGCUUGCGAAGCAGCUCGAUUGUCAAUACUUGAGGAAAUUAGGAAGCAGAGAUCCUCUGUUGAGAGCAUACUUGCUCCUCUACUGCAGGAUAGUUAUCCUGGAAAUUUGUCAGAGACAGAGAGCCAAGAUGAAUGA